ACUGUUGUCGCCACGACCAAGGAAGAGACUUGCCGUCCAACUCCUCAGAAAUCAUUCGCCAACACCACAUCGAAAGGAGCCUCGUAACCUACCUGCCCCUCUCCAUUGCAGCUUCCCUUCCUUUGGAAUAUGUUCUCUCGUGGCCUUUGCACGAUUUUAUUUGCGGCACCCGCUUUGGUCUGGGCGACGACCAAGGGCGACCUGUCGAAUCCUGACGCCCAAAAGAUCCUGCUCGUCGAGUCGGAACGGAUCGAAGAGUACCGCAGUCGUAACUACACUUGGCCUUUGAAUAACUACAGCCCCAACACGCCUGGAUGGGCUUCCUUGAUGAUGGAUCGCUUCCAUCAGGUCGAAGAGAUCGACGACCGUGGCCGACGUUACGAAGCGUACAUUCAAACAAUCCAUUCUGCUUUCCUCGUGCCCAACUUUACCGAACACGGUUUUGGCCUAGCACGGUGCCCCGAAGACCUUAUAGAGGCUCUGCGUGCGGGAAUUCGCGACGGCCUUCCUAAUGCCCGUUACGAACAGAAUGUCGAUGUGAUUAGCGGCCCGACGCCUCUCUUUAUCGACCGACCCGACCUGAGCCAACGGGUUUUGAACGAGCUGCGCCACUACGCCGAAGAAUGGAGUGGGGUCGAGCUGACGCCUUAUCGUGCGUAUGGCUUCCGAUUGUACCGAAACGAUUCGCAACUGAUGAUGCAUGUGGAUAAGAUGCAAACGCACAUUAUUAGUUUUAUUUUGCACAUCGAUUCCUCAGACGACGCCGAACCCUGGCCAAUCUUUAUCGAAGACUUUAACGGGAACACUCACGAAGUAAUCUUGACUCCCGGCGACAUACUGUUUUAUGAAUCUUCCAAGUGCUUUCACGGCCGACCACGUCGUUUCAACGGCGCCUGGUAUUCCUCCAUCUUUGUCCAUUACUAUCCCAAAUACGGUUGGUACGAACAAAAUCACGAAUUAGAAGCGCACUAUGCCGUUCCACCACGUUGGUCUAGUGAUCCGACGGGUGUCAAAAAGUACAAUCGACUCGAGAUGGUGGGCACCUCUAUGAAAGAACCCGACUGCGAUGCCGAUUGGUGUCGAGCAGCCAAUAGCGUCAAGUGGAGUGGACCGGGGGAAGUUGUCGGAGAAAUAGAAGUGAUGUAUUCGCCUACUGACCGAAAGCAUGGGCCCAUCAAACGAAAACGAGCCCCAGGUGGAGGUGGCGCAAUUCUUCUCCUUGCUGGAGGAGCCGCAUUCACAACACUUCUUUCCAUUUUUGGACCGACAAUUUUUCUGGUCGAACAACAUCACAGCCAAUCGAAGGAUGUCCGUGUUGGUCUGGAGAGUCUGAGCAAAGUGGUUCGCGUGGCGGAUCUUAAGCACGAAGAAAUUUUCCGGUUAACGAUCAAAAGCUGUCUACCUACACAUAAUCCAAAGUGCAAACAAUACAUACCUCCAACCAGUGGAAAGGAUGAGGAUCCCAUCCAAAGAGUAGCGUUGGUCGCUCCCCCUGGAGAUAUCUCUAGUAUACUGAUGAAUCAGUUGGAACGAAUACAACAUCAACACACUAAUCUACAAAACAAAACAGAAUCGGAUAUAGAAGUAUUCGCCACAUCGCAUGUUCCACCUUAUGGUUAUGGCAAGACUCACGGUUGGACGAAAAUUGUGCGGCUCGUGCCAAGGGCAUUGGUCUUGGAAGUGGUGGACGCACUACAAAGCUCAUUGCUGUCUUCCGAUUCUCACAUGGAUUUAACUCUAGAUGAUCUCAAGGCUGCUCUGAGGCAAAUCUUACGCUUCCAUUGCCGACUUUCUCACGUUGCCGCUCAUACAGCUCUCUUAUCGAUUCCUUUGGUGGAUCUGAUUGCCAACUCGGCUAAUGUGAGCAGACACAUCCAAGAUUUUCUUGUUUCCAGGGAUGUAGGUCGUAUGAAGGGAGGGGAUGACGACGGGGUGGAGAACGCCGACGAUGACAGUGGAUCAGUAUCUGCGACACAAGAAUUUUACGGUUCCCAAAUGCUUACUUAUAUUCAAUCAGUUGCGCAUGUGGAUGUCCUGAAGGUGCUGGACGAGGUACUGAUAGAGGAGAUGAAUCUAAGCAGAAACAUGACUGUUUGGCCGUGUCUAUCAUUUUGGGCGGCUGGAGAAAGAGAAGACCCAUCGAAACUCACUAGAUUCACUCAAAACAUAGCCAAGGAGCUCUCACCGGAGUGCAGCGAUCCUUUCGUCUCUUGCUUUGUGCCAAGGGACAUAUGCGAAGCCUCUGGGAAUGGAGUGUGCAAGGGACACAAGCGAUAG